AGGCGAAGUCGUGAAGUGAAGGAGGAGGAGGUGGGAAGCGAAGGAGUCUAGGUAGGAGGGACUAUAACAGCACAAGUUAGUCCACAAUUUCAACACACAGUCGUCUUCGUCUCUCAUCGCAGGACCUUAAAGACUUCUCUUCAAAGGAACCAGAUAAGCGUCAGCCAUGGGUGUUGAGGGGGGCAUGAAAUGUAUCAAGUUCCUGCUCUUCUUUUUCAACUUCCUUUUCUGGUUAUGUGGCCUAGCACUGAUUGUCGUGGGAAUCCUAGUGCAAAUGGGUCUGCACAACACCAUCAAGAUCCGUGAUGUGUCAGCCUCAGGAGCCCCCAUUGUUCUCAUCGCAGUUGGCGUGGUGAUUUUCUUCAUCGCUUUCUUUGGCUGCUGUGGCGCCUGGAAGGAGAACUACUGUAUGGUCACGACGUUCGCCAUCCUCCUCUUUCUGGUCAUUCUUGUUGAGAUUGCAGCAGCAAUCGCUGGAUACGUCUUCAGGAACAAACUCUCAGCUGUGGUUGAGGACAGUCUCACUGACAUGAUCAACAGUUACAAGAACGGCACGGCUGAAUUCAAAAAGAGUGUGGACAAAAUGCAGGAGGAUCUGAAAUGCUGUGGUGGGAACAGUUCCUCUGACUGGAGGAACUUCAGCCCUGAUGGAAAGACUGUGCCUGACUCGUGCUGCAUCAAAGUCACUCCAAAGUGUGGAGUCGGGGCCAUGACAGACGCCGCCAAAGUGCACCAGAAGGGAUGUCACGAUGCUUUUGAGGCUUUACUGAAGAAAAACAUCCUGUGGGUGAUAGUCGCAGCUCUUAUCAUUGCAUUCCUGCAGAUUCUGGGCAUCGUGUUCGCCUGCUUGUUGAUGAGAGGCAUCCGCAGCGGCUACGAAGUCAUGUGAUCCAGCUGCACACCUGAGUAGUUCAGUUCGCCCUUGUUAUGAGCUUGGUUUGGAAACUUUUAAUAAAUUCAUCUUAUACUUCAGAUUUAAUGCACAGAACAAUGUAUUUUCACUUGUAUUGAUUUUGGAUAUUUUCGCAGGUUAAUAUCUCUGCUUCGUCACUGUAUGUGCAUAGGCCGUUAUAGAAAUGAUUCCUGUCCACUUUAUCUUCAGCAUAUGUUCUUGCUGGUUUUGAGGGAUUCUAACAUCUUUUACUUUACUCGUGUUUAAGAGACGUAAGAUCUGUUUUUAUGUUUUGCUGGUUCCCAGCUUCUGUUUUUAUUAAAGACUCUUUAAAUUACAUCUGAA